CCCGACGCGAUGACCUGCACCUUAUCAACCUCCCCAGAAGUUUCGCCACACGGCACGUCGAUGGGCGCUUUGGUUUCGCGCUACAAACGCCAGCCCAUUAAUGCAAGCUCUCUGUGGCAGGCAGCAGGAGAUGAGAGCUAAGUUUUCUGAAGCACUUUUCAUUGUAAAGACGAUCAAAAACCACUACGUCGACAGAGAUGGAGCUCUCAAAUUUCUGGUUCAGUGGGAGGGCUAUGAGAGCAAGAAAGACUGGACGUGGGAACCAGAGGCCAAUCUCAAGGUGUCAGGCGAAGAGAUUCUCAACGAGUAUUUUAAUAAGAUUGGUGGAAGACAUAAGAUCUUCAAGGUAUCAGACAAAGCGGCUCAGACCAGAAAGCGAAGACGGGGAACAAAUAGCACAACUAACACGACUGCUAAGCGAUUGCAAGGGAACGAGGCGCAUUUGGCUGAUAAGACUUCAUCCGCGACUGUGAAGAAUUGGAGCCCUCCUUCAGGGUCAUGGGAGGAUGAGAUUGAGACAAUUGACGCGUGUGAGGACGGCGGCAAUGGGAAGCUGGUCGUUUUUCUUAUAUGGAAGAACGGCGAGAAGACCAAGCAUGACACGCAAACUAUCUACAAGAAGUGUCCGCAGAAGAUGCUUCAGUUCUAUGAACACCACAUUGUCAUGGGCUGAGGCCUGGUAUAGGGGCACGAGCUAUGCCGUGCCGGUCCCGACCUAGCUAGGCAAGAUUGACCUUCCCGUCUGCUAGCUACUACCGCCCUGCAAACGAGAGCUCUGCUUUAUAGCUGUAAGCUACCCUUAGCUUAGCUCCUUCUCCUUUGCUACUCCUUAGUCUUAGAUAGACCAAUCCACCGCACCCUUUCGUUGAACAAACCCAGGGCCAGCCCUUCACAUUGCGGCGCUGACGACUUAUAUCGCAAUUGCCUCCUGGAUUCCACCAACAGGGCUUCAGAUGGUUCUUGCGCCAGAGCUUCCACUGAGCGGUAGCUUGUAGGUUGCCAAUGGGUUCCCACGUAGGCUCAGAGUAACCAACCGACUU